UUGCUUCCUAUUGUUGUAAUUGUUUUGUAUUUUCCUCUUUGUCUUUUUUGGCAGCGCCACCCCAGUCAUAUUCCUCCCUCUUCUCUGCUUUCCUUGCUCAUUUCCCGGGCGCUGGAAGAGUCCUCAAACAUCUCUCACUCUCCUCACCAUGUGCCUCUUAUUCUGUCUUUCAUCUCACGCUCUCUCCUCCUCCUGCCUUAGUCCAGCAGUGUAGAACAGCAGCACUUUCACUCACAGCUUCAACCAGUCGCAUCAAAGUGAGGACAUCUUUUUUUCUUUUAUGCAUUACCUCCGACUGACGCUCCUGCAUUUUUGUCUCGGAGCGCUUUCUUUGCUGCCUGCGAUGCUAUGAAUGAUGUUGUUCCAAGUCAACAUCCGGACUGAAAAUAAGGAAUUGCCAGUAUGACUUCAUCUCAGUCGUAAUUGACUUGAUGGACCCUGCAUUCAAGCAGACUUUUUUGGAGGAUUCUUUCACUUUCUUCUUCUCGGGCAGGAUGGACCCUGAUGUGCUCGCACCUGUACCCCCGACCUCUUCUGUGGAGAAUACCAGCCAGGCACCCUCUUCCUUGUCGAGGUCUCAUGCUCUGCCUACACACUCUCUGGCAGCGUCCGUGCUCAUCCUGCUGGUUGUCACGGUCAUCAUCCUGGUGACCGUGGUGGGGAACGUGCUGGUCGUCUUGGCCGUGUUUACCAGCCGUGCCUUGCGCGCUCCUCAAAAUCUGUUCCUGGUGUCUCUGGCCUCAGCUGACAUAUUGGUCGCCACGCUGGUCAUCCCCUUCUCCUUGGCCAAUGAGGUUAUGGGCUACUGGUAUUUUGGUUCCACGUGGUGCUCCUUCUACCUGGCUCUGGACGUUCUGUUUUGCACUUCAUCCAUUGUCCAUCUCUGCGCCAUCAGCCUCGACCGCUACUGGUCCAUCACAAAAGCGGUCAGCUACAACCGCAAACGGACACCCAAACGGAUCAAAGUGAUGAUCAGCGUGGUGUGGCUGAUAUCCAUCGUCAUCUCUUCACCGCCUCUUCUCAUGACGCAGACAGAAGAAAGUUUGGACUCCAUGGGCGAGGUCAAACGGCCACAGAGGCAGGAGUGUCUUCUCAACAACCAGACGUGGUAUAUUCUGUCCUCCUGCCUUGUGUCCUUCUUUGUACCUGGAGUUAUCAUGAUAUUGGUUUACUGUAAGAUAUACCGUGUUGCCAAGCAGCGAGCCUCUACCAUCUUUGUGGCUAAAAACGCGAUGGAACCCCAGCCGUCCCAGUCAGAGACCUGCUUCGCCGGUGUCCCGAAGUCUUUCCAAAGAGGCACAAAGCCUCAGUACAACUUGGACGUCCCGCUGCCGGAAAGCAGACAUAGCUUUUCCAACAUAGACGGUAGCAGCCACAAGAGAGAAGAGCUGGACCAUAUUAACUUAGAGGAAAGAACAACAGAUGAUGACGUAAAAAAGUCUUCGUUUUGUACCUCACUCCACUUCUCCAAGAGAGCUGGUGGGAAGGACAUUGAGGGACCUGCACGCAGGUUGAAGCCUCCUCCUCCAUCCUGUGCCUCCAUAUCGUGGGUAUCAUCGGACCACUGCUCCCAGCAUUUCCUCCUCCCUUCUCCGGUGCCGCUUCCAAGCAGACACUUGUCUUUGUCCAAAAGCAAAGUGGCACAAAUGCGGGAGAAACGCUUCACUUUUGUUCUGGCAGUGGUGAUGGGAGUGUUUGUCCUCUGCUGGUUUCCUUUUUUCUUCACUUAUAGUCUCCACGCACUCUGCAGAGACAAAUGUACAAUCCCUGAUGCUCUUUUUAACCUCUUUUUCUGGAUCGGCUACUGCAACAGUUGCCUGAACCCAAUCAUAUACACCAUCUUUAACAGAGACUUCAGGAGGGCCUUUAAGAGAAUUUUAUUCCAUACCCAUUGAUGAUCAUAAGUUGUAGAUAUACAGUGGUAACUCGGUUCAAACCGUGUGAAAAACCGCAGCAAUUUUCCCAGAGGACAUAAAGUUAAUCCAAUUUAUACGUUUCAGACACCCAAAAAUGUUAACAAAAAAUACAUUUUAUAGAGAAAAUUAUAGCAUUGCAUGCAGAAAACAAUGCAAAAUAAUUGCAAUUACAAGUGUUUCUCAUUUUCUUUUUUAAUUUGUUGGCACUAGCAACUUUCUUUGGCCAAAUGGCAGUCAUUAAAAAAUGCACGGCCAGUGAGUCACCAAAGUGUAGUGUGCUUUGUUUAUGUACUCGAUUCCGCGGAAUAAUACUGUAAAGGGCAAACAGCGAAACAAAUGAUCAACUGGAAUGUACCAAAUCCCAGAUUUGAAGAAAGUGAUAACGUUUUGACCAAUCCGCUACGGGGAUUUGUGUCGGUGGCCAGGAAGUGCAAAAGACUUUGACAAAGUGUGAAACGCUGCAGCCCUGUGCUACUUACGUUAAAUCACACUAGAAUUAAAACAUUAGGAAUAGCAACGCUGGUGUCCAUGUCUCUAUUUAUAAGAGUUAAUAGAACAAGAACCCGCAUAUAUUACAAUUACAAAUCCUGUUCUGUUGCAAGAAAGUAAAAACGGAAAAAUGCAUGGGGGAAGAAAAGUCUGCAACAGCUGUCGUCAAACGCGUGACGCAAAGUAAUAAAGUUACACCCACAGUGACAUUGACACAUUGACCACUGGCCUAUGAGGUAAAACAUCUGCCGUUGUUUAAAACAAACAUUUCUAGGCAUAGCGAAGUGAAAUAAGGGUUUAACAGGACAGCAAAACAAUGAAUGACACAUACAAGAAUGUAUUCAUGCAGACUGACUAGAGUGGCUAGAAGCAUUAUUUUCAUCUGCUACUUUUAUUAUGCCUGACACGGAAGACAAGCUUUCACUGCCUUGUUUGCAACUAUUUCAUGUCUUGAUGCAACACACCAUGCACACUCACACGUUUAGAGCUAAUUGUUUGAACGACAUGCAUUGUUACUGGCCGCCAUUCCAGUCAAUCUGGACUUUGGUAUAUUCCUUCCCAGUUUUUGUGAGUGUAAUUACUUUCAUCUUUUGUUAAUGUGCUUCCUGAAAUGCUAAUUUGUUUUGUCUUCGGUUCAUUUUUUUUCUGAAAUGUUGUGUUUCACAGUUUGUUAAAGUGUUUUGCACUCGUCGGCCACCGUACAAACGGACUAGUUUGUACGAUAACCGAGACAGUGUACCAAAACCCAGCCAUAAUCUAGGCCAAAAAAAUAAUAAUGUGAAAACUGGGGCAUUGGAAAACCGAUGUUUGACUGUGUGGGCACUGCAGUUCUCCACUGUGCCAUCAUGCAAACAGUAAGAAUUUAUUUAUCAUCUACCCACUCAAUAAUCGUUUUUGUAGAUGAUUAUGACGCGUUAGAAGGCUGGUGUCUCAAACUGGGUUCCUUGAUGGGAUUGUGGUGGAACUGUUCAUCUGGGGUGUCCAAAGUCUGUUUGCUUACCUGUCAACAUUUGCAUUUGUAAAUAAAGGAUUUUUUUCUGAAAAUGAGGGAAAAUUGUGGUCUUGCCGCCAGAAUUGCAACCAUGUUAUUUUACCGGCGUCGUUUUAUUUUGAAAGCCUGACUUUACUGGCUACAAUCGACCGGAAGGUGUGCUGGUCGGGAAGGAUUGUCUUUUUUUCCCAUGAAAGUUGAAAUACGGAAUGAAACUAUUAA